CAAGCAUUACAGCAGAGAACCUGGAGGGGGGGGGGGGGUACAAGGGGGGCGGGGGGGCUUUAGCCAAGCUGGACUUUAUCACAGCCUCUGGAGACUGAUGAACAAGGGGGUGGACGAGUUCCAGGCACACACAAGCACACAGCAGCGCUCGUCACACACCGUGGGGGGAAGAUAUAUAAAAAGAGCUCCCAGGGAGAAAGUGCGGCCAGUGAAGUAUCCGUCCUGUUCAUUUGAAGGGUGUUCACGCAAAGGCCCUUGGGUGCUGCGGACGAGUAUACGUUUUUCUUUUGGGGAAAAAAAAAAUAAAAUAAAAGCAGCGAGCGGAUGCUGAAGAGUAGCCAAAACUUGAUUUGAUCUUUUUUUUUUUCUCCUUUGGGUCUUUCACCUUCCAUCUGAGUACUUUCUAUUUUGAGAAGUGAGAGAAAGUUAUGCAGGCGCACUGACGGCGGCUCGGUUUUCGUUUCACGCAGAAUGGAAGCGGAUAUCGACAACUGGACUUCUGUGGAUGAACACUUUGACUUCAAGGAGCGUAUUGAUGGUUUCGGUGUCCUCAUGGCCAUUCUUUAUCUCGCGGUGUGCGUCGUGGGACUCGCCGGGAACUCGCUGGUUAUCGUCGCCGUUUUGAAACUGGACAAAAUGUCGUCGGCCACCACCGUGUACAUUUUCAACCUGGCGCUUGCCGACGGACUCUUCAUGGUCGGGCUCCCGUUUAUCGCAAGUCAGAACUUUCUGAGCCGCUGGCUGUUUGGCGACGCGGCGUGCAAAGCGGUCAUGGUGCUGGACGGCAUCAAUCAGUUCACCAGCGUCUUCUGUUUGACCGUGAUGAGCAUCGAUCGCUACAUGGCGCUGGCCGACCCGCUAAGGUUCGCCUCCUGGAGGACGCCGCGCUGCGCCAAGAUCGUUUCGGCCUUCUUGUGGCUUUUUUCCAUCCUCACCAUCCUCCCCAUGGCGCUUCAUUUCACUGCGGAUCGAGGCCUGUGCAUCCCGGACGUCGUUUCGGAAAUGUGGUGGCUGGGCGUCCUGUCUUACACCUUCGCCUUGGGGUUUGCGUUGCCGUUCACCAUCAUGAGCGCCUCGUAUACGGCCUUGCUGCUCACCCUGAGGUCACAGCGGCUCCGGGCCACCGUGGCCGAUCAUGAGAAUCGCCGGCCGGAGCGGCAGGUCACCAAAAUGGUGGUGGCCGUUGUAGUCGUCUUCGCUUUGUGCUGGUUGCCGUUUUACACCGUCAACUUUUGCUCCAUGUAUCAAUCCAACCUUAACUUUGCGCGGGUGUUUGAGUUCUUGGUCUUACUGUCGUAUUCGUGGAGCUGCGCCAACCCCAUCCUCUACACCUGCCUCUCGGAGACCUUCAGGAGGCACUUCCGGGCCCUCCUCUGUUUGGGCGCCAAGUCUUCUCCCAGCAUGCAAUGCAACACCGAGCAGUAUGACCUAAAUGUAACAGGAUUGCAGGAUGUCACUAUUCUGGCAUAGGGAGACGAUAUCCAAACUACUCCAUUUAUUGUAAUGUACAACUGUGCGCACAUUUGAGAGUGAGUAUUAAAAAAUAUAAAUACAAAAAUAUAAAAAAAUACAUAUAUAUAUUUGCCUCCGAGAAGGAAAUCGUGCAUUGUUUAUUUCAUUUGUUGUAAAUCUCCACAGUUGGCAUUUUAAUUGUGUCAUUUGGGGAUUUUCGGGUUGGCUCACAAACCUUAAUCAGCGGGAUGUAGAUUCUGUUCUAUACAAGGUGACGAAAUAGCUUGAUAAAUAAUGUCGAGUAUUUCCAAGAAUUGUUAAAAAUACAGUUAAACACAAGCCACAUUCCAAUUUGACGUUGAGGAAUUUAUCUUUCACACUUCUAGCUAACUAAAAUUCUUCCCAUAAUUCCAUGAACUGGAGGCUGCGCAUUCUGCUGCUUCUCCUAUUAUAUUGCAUUUUUGGGUGACAGCUAGUGUGUAAAAUGAUGAAUGUGCCCCUAAAUCGAGAGUGGGGAACUUUUCACACGCAUGCGUUCACACACGUGCACAUUGGGAAUGGUUGCAUUGUGACAUUUUAUGUAUUAAAUAAA